CUCCUCGGAAAUUUAACCGAUAAAAUAUAAGUUUCGCGGUUCUUCAUCGCGUCGGGAAGACGGGACGGAAGUUCGCCCGACCGUUUUUUUCCGUCUGUGUUUCAUAGCGGGAGAGAAAAAAAAUAAGAACUUUAGAAAAGCGGCCGCGACGCGAUGACGCAGUUGGCGUCGACGUCAAGACGCGAUGACGUACAAAAGCUGCCGUUAGGACGCGAUUACGUGUGGAAGCGCUGACGUGGCAACGGGAAUGAUGUCGGACGCGGUGACGUUGAACGUGGCAGGGUCGUGACCUCCAGACCAAUGUUUAGGGAAGCGGCGUCAGGUGAUGGAGAAGGAGAGACUGAGUGAACGAUGGCGUCCAGAGCAGGGGAGGAUGAGUUUGUGAGAAGUUUGACUAAACUCCUCCGAAGCUAUGGUGACUCUGUACUGAGUGGGACAAGUACUCUGUCGCUAUUAACUGUCGGCCUCCAGCUCCUCCACAAUCUCUUUGAGCAGCAUCUCCUGCCACGCAAGUACCAGCAUGGAUUCAUCGCAUUGCCCUCCCACCCUUCUGAUACUGUCUCAGUCCUUGAGGUGCAGUUCCUUUUCGAUGUCCUACAGAAAACCGUCUCCCUGAAGUUGGUACAUCCCCCGGGGCCCAAACUCCAGACACCUGUGAGGAUCAUGGCUUUUAAGUCUCUCCGAUUCUUAGAGUUGAAGCGGGUCCCCCCUCACUGUCUGGAAGGGCUACGGGGUGUCUACACACGGCUAGAGAUCCUCAGCUGUUCGAGCUGCAUCAACACUAUCGAGGAAAUUAUCUCAGUCUGCGGUGGGGAUCUAAGCUCUGCACUCCCAUGGCUCGAUUUACAUACUCUUAAUUUCAGCAACAACUUCAUCACGUCACUGGACAGCUCGCUGGCCCUGCUCAGCGUGCUGCGGAUUCUGGACCUGAGUCAUAAUCGAAUCCGGGACUGUGCAGAGAAUCUGAAGCCCCUUUCCGAACUGGAAUAUGUCAACUUGAGCUACAAUCUUCUGGAGAAAGUGCCCGUCUUCAGUUCCUGCUCCAGAGUUCAGCUGACCACUCUGCUCCUGCGCAACAAUGAAUUGGAAAAUAUCAAUGGAGUGGAGCAUCUAUCGCACCUGAAACACCUGGACCUGGCGUAUAAUAUGAUCUCUGAGCACGCACAGCUUUCUCCUCUGUCCCAGCUACACAGCCUCAAAGAGCUCUUCCUUGAAGGGAACCCGAUAUGUUACCAGAAAGGCCACAGGCCUUGCACCAUCCAUCACCUUUCCCCCAAAGCUGCCUUCAUGCGUCUGGUUUUGGAUGGAGAGCCGCUGACAAUGGCAGAACUCACGUACCUGCCAAAGUCUGGCCGGCUGAUUGGACAGUCCGUGCGCCGCUCUCCUCGGAACAGCACCCUCAGGAAUGUUCUGGAAUCCUCGCUGGCUGCUGACCACAGUGACUCUGUGUAUCCGUCGGACAGCAAUGCUGGACCCAUCACCCGCAAAAAGAGCAAGAUCAAGGUGCGCACUGCCAGCAUCUCAGAGCCAAGCGACAGUGACAAGGACACUCUAAGCACACCAGUCUCGCCACACAUCGUCUUGCAACAUCAGGAGGACAUCAAGAGGAUGGAUGAGCUCCGCGGUCAGAUUGGAGAUGAUUGGCUGCGUUACCAGCAUCACCUGAACAGCCCCAAGGAGGAGGAAGCGGUGGACUCUGAGAUGGCCAACGCUUCUGCCAAGGAGGAAGCUGACAGCUCCACUAGCAUUUUCCUGCGCAGCAACAGCCUGGAUGCCACCUCUGAGAAUUCAGGAGACCCCGCCAGAGGGGAUGAGACUACGCUACUCGCCCCGCUCAACGUCAGCCAGGACGAAUGCACCUCCUCCAGCUACCUCGCUCCCGAAGAAGGAGCGUAUUUGGACGCCUCUGCGUCACCCGUGGAGACGCAGGAGGAGGAAGAGACCGUGCGAGACAUCUGCCAACCCUUCAUCGUUGGGCGUUUGGUGGAGGACGAGCCUGAGCUGGAAAGCAGCUGGAUAUUCCUGCGAGUAACGGAGGACAAGCUCUUGGAGGUGGACCUGAUGAACGCGGACAUCCUGGAGAAACUGGAGCUGAGCAGCCUGACUGCCGUCCAUACCUCUGAAGAGUUCUGGGAGGAAAAUAAUUCUGAGUCUUGCCUUUCUCGGCAGAGCAGAGGACAGGUUCUCCCCGCGGUGGAGUGUCGCUUCAGUUACAUCCGCAGGGACAAACGCAGGAGGAAGUAUGUGAUCCUAGACAAGAACCCCCAGGAGACAUCUGAGAUGCUGAUUAAGAUCCUGAAUGAAGCACUUGAAGCCAAUCAGCGAGCAACGCAUGAGGGUUUCCCCAAACUCCAGUGUCUGAAGUGCCAUCAUGAGUUCAUUGUAACCGAGCAGGAGAGCCAGUCUGGUCAGCUGCUCCCAGAGGGUUCAAGCAUCGGGCGAGUGGAUGACCCAGAUGAUCUGCAGGCCGAUGAACCUUCGAAGACCUCGCCCGCCUGCCCCAAAUGCGCAAGCAAAAUUGUGAUCAUGCUGCCAACCGAAAUGGAGACGUGCAGCAGCACACCCAUCCAGACCGAGGCUCUCAAAGUGGAUGUCUUAAAGAUAGCCUUCACAGACGAAAGUACCACGGGGAGUUUGAAGAGUAUUGAAUCCCCGAGCAGAGUGAGUUUGGAUGCCGGGCCUGGAGCUUCGGGUGACGGUGCUGCCGGCGCCUUGAGCGUGGACCCAGCAAACUACUACUCCGCCGUCAGCAAGAACGCCAGCUUCUACUUCGAGUGCGACCAGAGCUGCAGCAGCAGCAGCCUGAGGGACGGGAGCCGCGUGUCGGACGGCUCAUCGGGGGACGUGGACCGCGGGCCGGCGGCACUGGACCAGUCCGUGUCCAGGGUGUCCCGGGCCAGCUCCAGCCCUGGCUUGUACGGCAGCAGCUUCAACCAGAGGGCAAGCACCAACUCGCACACCGGCAGCCUGACCUGGAGCUACCGAUACGGCACCCCUGUGGGGUCUACAUUGACACCGAGCUCGUCGCACUCUGAAUGCAGGGAUGACCCCACUACACUCAGUAAAGGAGCCGAGUUCAAUCUGUCUGUCGAAGAUUUUCAGACCAUUGACCACAGGCUGAAGCUGUUCCUGGAUGUUGAGAUUUUUGGUGAAGAUAAGGAGGAGUAUCAGUGCUUCAUCAAGGCAUCUACAGUGAAAUAUGGGAGCCCUCAAGAGUAUCCUUCGUUACUCAUCAUGUCAAAUUUCAACGUCUACAUCUUGGAAAUCACCGGACCCCUCAGUGGCCAGCCAGCCAACUGGUUAAGGAAGCGGGAGGUGCAUUCUAUACUGGACCUGGUGCAUCUACAGGUGGGCCUUCGCACCCAGAGCAUCGGCAUGGAGUUCGAUGGCUCAGGGGCAUCGUACACGCUGCUGAUCCGAAAUCCGUCCAAGUGCAAGAACUUCAUGCAAUUUUUCACAGACAUGGUGCGGCAGCUGACUCCGAGAUCAAUCAGUAAACUGGAAUCCAUCUGCUUCACCCGUAUGGACCCACACCACCAGCUCUGGCCCCUCAUCUGCGAGCAUCCAUCUACUGACUCACCUGAGGAUCUGUCUCUCAAUUACCUGUAUGUGCUGGCGUUCCUGCUCCAAGAUGGCAGCCCUUCUCCAGUUAGUGUGCUUGCAACCUCAUCAACCAUCUACUUGCUGGAAGAGGACCACCAGUGGAAGAAGAUGAUGAGCGAGGUGGACAGACCUUCCCCCAGUGAGAUUCCAACAAAAGAGUCACAAGCCAUCAGUGACAUCAGCUCAGUCAACCUCUAUCAGUCUGCUGCACAGGACGUCCAGCUCCGAUUUUACCAUGAGGGAAGCCGGACUGAAAGCACCUGGCACCUGCAGAUGGAGUGCGUGGAGCUGGUGAGGGAUGUGGUGGACUGGGUCCGGGAGCCAUGGAAGGACAUGUUCGGAGUACCACUGAAAAUCACUGUCCACCAAACAUUGGACUAGACUGGGAAACGUAAAAGUGUUCAGAUAGGAUUGCAAGACACAAUGACAAGAAACUGAGAAGAUGCGAUUUGAUGACUUGUGAAGAUCCGAGGUGAACAGAAACUGAUUCCUGCCAGUGGGAAGGAUUUGUAUUUAAACCUUGGUGAGAGAAUAUUGCCAUCAGUACGGAAUAGUGACUGUGAUCACACGGCAGGUGGACGAGACCCACUCACACAAUGAAUAUUUGCCUCAUCUCUGUGCUUACUGACCUUUUAUAGGACAGGGUUUUUGUUUUAAAGUAAGUUUUCUGUCCUGUUGAUAGUUUCCACUCCCUAGUGGGAUAGGCCAUUGGGACCGACCUACCCGCCGCCCCCCAACCUCAAUCUCACCUGGACCCCCCUGGCCCUAUCAGUGCCAGCGGGACCAGUGCUGGUCUCAGGGUAACAGUGGCAAUCUGCUGUAGACAAGACUUUAGGCUCCUGCCUCCUUGUGUUUGUCGGGAAUCUCGAAGGGGCCGCUGAAGGGAAGGGAUUUUUUUUUUCUCCGUUCAAGUGCUUGUAAUUUGCGUGCAAACCUGGCGUCAGUGUUUCAACUUGACUCACU